AUGUAUUCGCUUAAGUAUCCCAAUUGCCGGAAGCAGCUUAGAAUUCAACGACAGCCAGGCUUUUUCUUCACGACAUGCCAAAACACUAUCAAUAAGUUGCAUUCUGGCACGGUGACAUUAAGGGGCCAGAACACAGCUAGAAAACCCGGCAGUAGCAUUCAAAAUCGUCUGCGAUAUCUGAGCGACAAGUACAUCGGAGAGCAGGAUUUGGAUAUUACUAGUGAAGACACUUGCACUACUCCUGCGCCAAAAAACGAGCCUGGACGUCGUAUAUCGUAGCUCACAGGUACCCGAUGAAACAAAGUUGUAUUAGAUGCUCAUGAGUCGGGAUCUCUGUAAGAAAUGCGAAACCUAGGGAAACCCGGACAUUAACACAAACCCCCAGACAUCUUAUCGGAGUUACCGAACAUGCAAGUACAUAUCAUAUCCUCACAUACUUAUUUCAUGGGAAAUUCCGUAUAUAGAGCUCGUGUCCGCCAGCAAAAAGACGUUUACUCACGACAUAGAAUAAGGACUAGCAUGUGUGUUCAAUUCCGGGGAACGAGCUUGCCCUUGCCCCGG